UAUAUACUCUGCCAAGCAAUGAGAAUGGCAAGGGAUUACUUUCUUACAUGGUAUCAGGCUAACAUCGAAUCCUCUGCCUUCCCUCUGUCUCUUCUUCUUCUCUUCUUCUUCUUCCUCCAAUCAGCCGCCAUGUCCUCUGACCCACCAAAAGCUCCGGCUUUCCAUCCCGCUAUCGCUGUCAACAAUAUCAAAAGUCUCAUACCUAUAACCUUGGAGAUGAGCAAAACUCCAUUAUACUCUUCUUGAGCAGAGCUCUUCAAAGUCCACGUCCGUGCUUACGACCUUAUUCACCACAUAAUCCCACCAGAGGAACCCAACACCACCGCUGAUGCCGCAAUCUGGGCUCGCCUAGAUGCACUUGUCCUUCAAUGGAUAUAUGGCACUAUCUCUCGUGACCUCCUCACCACCAUUCUCGAACCAAACUCCACAGCACAGCAAGCAUGGGAUCGCUUGCGUGACAUUUUCCAGGACAACAAGAGUACACGAGCUGUGCAAUUGGAAGGUCAAUUUUCAAGCCUUGAGAUGAAAAACUUCUCUGACGUCUCUGCCUACUGUCAAAACGUCAAAAUGGUGGCCGAUCAACUAGAAAACGUUCAUGCUCCGGUAUCAAAUGAACGCCUCGUCCUCACUCUUAUUCGAGGCCUCCCAAAAUCCUUUGAUGGAGUUGCUGCAAUUUUACAACAAACCGACCCUCUCCCCUCUUUUCACAAGGCACGUUCUAUGCUCGUUCUUGAGGAAUCCCGCCUCGCUCACCAAGCAGCCUCCGAAUCAAUCGCCGCCGGCACAGCCCUACUCACCGCCGGAAGCGAACCUGAUACUUACCUUGAUGAAGCACACUCUUCUCACGAUGCUUCACGCACUCACCAUCGCCAAAACAGAGGAAGCAACAACCGCGGCGGUCGCAACCGUGGUGGUGGUGGUCGCGGCAGGGGCCGCCACAACAACAACCACAGCCAGCACCGUGGAGGAACCAACGGUGGCAACCAGCAGCAGCAGGGCUACCGCAAUCAACAGUGGCAACCUUGGGGUCCUUGGGCUCCAGGGCCUCAAUAUCCAAACCCCUGGGCCCAACAGCAGCCACAAUGGCCCAUUCCCCCUUGCCCAUACCCCACCUCAUGGCCACGCUCCUCUGGGCCUCGUCAGCAAGGGAUUCUCGGCCCACGACCUCAACAACAAGCAUUCUCAUCCCAAGCACCAUCAACAGUCAAUUAUGCGCCUACCGAUAUCGAUGCCGCAUUGCAUACUCUCUCCCUCACACCACCGGAUGAUGGAUGGUACAUGAACACCGGGGCCACUUCCCACAUGACAUCUCACCAAGGACCUUUCGACGGGGACAACUCUUAUGCGAUGUGAUAGCUCCGGCGACCUCUAUCCCCUCACCACCGCAAUCUCUCAAGCUCCAUCAACUUUUGCUGCCCUAUCCUCCUCCCUUUGGCAUGAUAGACUAGGUC